GGAGGCUGAAAAACUGAUUGUUUUUCAAUAAUGUGGGUGAUUGCCUUUUCAGCGUGCGUCCUCAUCAUGUCCCUCCUGGACCAAGUGAGUGGACACAGAAUCAUAGUGGGCAAAUAUGGUGAAACUGUUGAGUUGCCUUGCAACAAAGGAGACAUCAAACUAGAGGACGUCAUAAUAGCUAAAUGGAAAUAUACCAAAGAUGACGGCACCGUCGUUGAUCUUCUGAAAAAGUCGAAAUCUCAGGAUGCCUCGUUCUACCCAGUUGUGGAGUACGAAGGCAGACUCCGCCUAACAAAGGACCUCAGCCUGCAAAUUUCCCAGGCAAAAAUGGCCGAUCAGAAGACUUUGACCUGUAUGGUGGUGGCAGGCACAGAAAUAUUUGAGUAUCCAGUUCAAGUGGCAAUUCAGAAGGCCCCUUCACCACCCACAAUCACAAAUCAAUCCAAAGUGAUAGAGCUCGGCAAGCUAACAACGCUGGCAGAAUGUUAUACUAAAGAUGCCAAUCCAGUAGCUAACAUCACUUGGCUGAAGGACUGCAUUCCACUUGUACCUGAUGGGAAAGUGGUCAACAUCAUACCAUCUGUGCAGACAGACAAGGACACCGGCCUCUCAUCUACAUCCUCCAAGCUGGAGUUCACAGCUACUAAGGCAGAUAUGAACGCCAAGUUUACUUGUGCCAUCCAGCAUGAGAGCCUUGCCUCGGACCUUGUGUCUGCUCCUAUGAGCUUCAGCAUCGAUUACCCCACUGGAAAGGUCAGCCUCCAGGUUCUGUCUGCAGUCCCGAUAAAGGAGGGAGACAGUGUGACCCUGAAAUGUGUGACUGAUGGGAACCCCCCACUAACUAGCUACAACUUUCAUAUAGGACUGUCACUAUCGAUUAUUUUGAUAAUCAAUUAGUUGACCAUUUCCUUCAAUUAAUAAUCGAGUGACCGAUAUUAUAUGGCAUCUUAAAACCUACCUGUACAAACAAUUAUAUAUAUAUAUAUAAUAUUUGUUUUUUUCUAGAUAAAUGCUACAUAUA